ACCACACCAUGUGUUGCUGGCGGCUCCAAGCCCCCCCAGGUACCUCCCUACUCCUGGCAUUCGGGGAUGUGGAUCUGGAGCCCUCGGAGCACUGUGCUCACAGCUCCUUGCUGCUCGCUGACCCCCAGACUGGCACUGUUUACGGUAAGGGGGUUCUGGGGGAACUGAGGCAAGGGUGAUACAAUGUUGUGGACAGGGAGAAUAUCAGGAAAAUCUGGGGUUUUAGCUGAUUUCAUCAUGGGGAGGAAGAAUAUCUGAGGAGGGGGGUAACCAAGUGGGGCAGUAUCCAAGGACAGGGGUAUUGAAGGAAGGGCUAUCCAAGGAGGGGAAUAUCAGAGGAUGAGUGGUAUCCAGUAUCUGACAAGUGGGUUAUCCAAAGAAGAGAAAUAUCCAAGAAUGGGGAUACCUGAGGAGUGGGGCUACCCAAAUAGAAGGGUUGAUAUCCAAGGAGGAGGAUAUCGAAGGAGACUAAUAUUUGCAAAUGGGGAUAUCUGAGGAGGUGGGUACCCAAAGAGAUGAUUAUUGCGAAGCCUGGGGGGGAACUGCCCGGCUGGGACCAGAUGCAGCCACUGAAUAAUUAAUUUGUUGGCCCAGCUAACGCUUCCCGGAUUUUCCCAGACAGAUUUAAUGGUCUUGGAGGGAUUUGGCAGCACUGGAAACAUGACAAAUGCCGAGGAAAACAUCUGGGGGUCGGGGGAAGCAUCAAGUGAUGGGGUGGGAUAGAGGAGCAGCCCUGGUGAGGGGCAGGACCUGGACAGGAGAUGCAAUGGGAAAUGAAGAAUGGAAAGGAGCUGGCUUGUAUCCAUGGGACUGGGAACUUUCCCUGUUCUUCAGGGCUUUCACCCUUUCUGGGCUGGUCCCCAUCCCCUCUACUGUGGCCUCAGGGACAUAAUUGUCCCCAACGCUAAGAGACAUCCCAGCCCAGGCUGAGAUACAGCAAUGUGGGAAAGGGGAGUACUCCCACAUGAUGCUCUUGGGGGCCUAGGGCAGGUGACUGGGCACCCACAGCCCCUUUGGGUGACACCAGAGCCAUGCCAGCAUGACGCAGAGCUUGAGUUCCACUCCAUGGCUGACACUGGCCCUUGAGAAGUCCCAGAUGUUUUCUGGGAAGCAGUUGGAGAAGGCAGAGGCUGUGGGCUCCUUUCCUGACUCAGAGCUGGUGUCUGGCCCCUGGCCUGAUUCUGCUGGGAUGUGUCAGGGUCCCCAUGGGGGUGGCUGCCUCUGGGACUCAGCUGAGAGGUCCCCAGCUCCCAGGCUAUCACUGAGAUCCAUACAGAAGUGGCACCAGUGACCCAGGGCAGCGUUGCCAUCUGGCAAUUGGUGGAAGGGAAAUCUGCAUGUGGCUCAUCUGCAUACUGUGCAGAUCUCAAUUCUGUCACAUAUGUGAGAUCUCUGCUUGCACGUGUCCCACGUCCCCUGGGACUGACCUCCUGGUUCAACGUGACCAAGGCAGGAUAGGGGUGUGGGUCAGGGUAGAGAAACCAAGGCACAGGGGGAGGUGUCACCAGCAGCCCCAGGGGAACACGGGCAUAGUUCCCUGUCCCCAGGCAUUUGCUCAAAACAUCUCUGGGUGCCCAGAGGCCCAAGUGAUAGGCGUGAUACAGAGCAGAGCGAUGUGGGGGACAGGGGGUGAUGGCAGUCCAGGCAUUAGGGCCAUGUUCUGUCCCCAGCUGGAACCAGAGAUAUCCCUAAGGAAUCUGCCUGCCUGCUAAGCCAAAGUUAUAAUGAGGGAGAUAGAAUUGCAAAUUAAUGUGUAUUAAAUGAGGGGAGGGGGCAGUUUAGGAGGCAGCUUCAGCAGCAUCUAUGAAAGGGGAUAUGGGGAGGAGACAAGGACACAGCUGCCAUUUUGGGGUCCCGUAGGGUGAUGCCGUGUGUACCAGUCUCUGCAGUGGGGGAUGUGGUGGCAGGUGCCCAGUGAGGGCAAUGGAGCCGCCCUGGGCAUGGGACCAUCCUGUCAUGAGGUUGCCCUGGCCUGGGACCACCCUGGGUGUGGGACCAUCCCAAAACAUGAAACCAUCUUCAAGAUGGGACCAGCCUGGCAUGGGGCCAUGCUUCAUGGGACCACCCUUCAGCACCCUGGUGCUGAGACUACCUUGAGGAUGGGCCACCCUGGAUGUGGAACAACUCUGGGACCACCCUCAGCACAACCCAAAUGCCUGAGCCCCCCUGGCCCUGGCAAGGGCCAAGCCAGGGCCCUACUGCAGGAACUCCAUCCCUUCUGCCCCACUCCUGGUGACAAACUCCAGCACUGUGACCGUCCUGUUCAACAGCACCAGCCACCGCUCAGGACGAGGCCUCCUUGUGUCCUAUGCCACCUCACAGCACCCAGACCUGAUCUCCUGCCUGGUUCGAGGCACCCACUACACCCAGGAACACAUCAGACAUCAGUGCUGUGCAAGGCAGCUGUGCAUGCCGGGGUGAUUGCGGAUGAACUGGGCGGGCAGGUCACCCUGUCCCGGGAGAAGGGGAUCACGCUCUAUGAGUCAGCCUUUGCCAACGGGCUCCGUUCCAAAAGGGGAUCCCUCUCUGAGAAGCGACUUGUAUUCCACAAAGCUUGUGAUGAUGUGCUGGAGGUGGUCACCUUCAAUGCCUCGUCCUGGUGGCAUGAGGUGGAUGUCCUGGGCCAGGACCGAGCCUGGGUGGCCGAACAGGCAGCACUUAGCACCACUGGCCACUCCUGGGCAGCUGAACCUGGUGCCGAGGCUGCCUGGCUGGAGCUGGACCUGGGCACCCGAAGGAAUGUCACAGGCAUCAUCACAAAGGGCUCCUCUGAGCAACAUGACUACUACGUGACAUCCUACCGUGUCUCCUCUAGCCGUGACGGGAAGAAUUGGAGACCCUACAGAGGCAACAGGGGUCAGGAGGACAAGGUGUUUGAAGGAAAUGCUGACAGCCAGGGGGAGGUCUCUAAUGUCUUUAUCCCCCCCAUCAUUGCCCGCUACAUCCGUAUCACACCACACAGCUGGCACCAACGCGUGGCCCUGAAGGUGGCCCUGGUGGGCUGCCAGCUGGCACGGGUCCACGUGCCCCAUUCCUACGUGCCCAGUGUCCCCAGGGAGGUGCUUGAACCCACCAGCCACCCAGCCAGCCGCACCCCCAUCCCUGGCAUCGCCCUGGAUCCAGAGAAGGCAGGCUCCACACUGCUGGUGAUGCUGCUUAUUGGCGGCUUUGUGUUCCUCUGCUCCUGCCUCCUGCUCCUGGCUUUCCUCUGCCACAGGAAGAGGAAAUCAGCAGUGGAGCUGAACUGCGGGAUCACAAAAGGGUACCCCAUGCUGGAGUCCAGCCAGGUCUGCUCCCUGCAGAGCUUGCCAGCCCCCAGUCUGGCGUCCUUCACCAUGGCCCCCACACCAGGGGACCUCAGCUGGACCCAUUCACCAGAGUACACUGAGCCAGACCUGGUGCAGGUGAGCCCCAGCAGCCAGACAGGUCCGUCCACCUUCAAGCCACUCCUGGAAGAGGGCUACACUCUACCGCUGGUCCUGAACCACUAUGACAUCCCAGGGAAGCACCAUGAGUAUGCAGAGCCACUGCCGCCAGAGCCUGAGUACGCCAUGCCGUUCAGUGAGCUGGAGCCCGCUGGGAUGCGCCGCAGCACUUGUAUCAUUGCAGGACCUGCCGGGUGCUCCCCGGUGCCGUACCAGACCCCUGCCCUGCAGCCCGGGGAGCUGCCUGCUGGGGUGGAGCGGACUGGCAGCCCCUGUUCUGAGGGGUCCCGUGGGUUGCCUAGGCACUGUCCCCUCGCACAUGUGUACCAAGAAGCUUUGUGAGGAGUGGAGCACAGCGGCACAAUAUAGGGCGGGGAGAAGGCGUGUACAGGAAGAUCUUUUUGCACUCGCAGUGGGCUUUUUAAAAGUAAUCCUAUGUAAAUAUAUGUUUAACAUAUAGAAA